UAAAAGUUAGGUUGCACUCAAGAGUACGCCCAACGUGUCAGUCGGUGGCAAAGAUUUUUGCACUGUAGUCGUUGCGAUUCUGGCAUUUGUGGCGUUACAGUCUCUCAAACAGCUAUUUAGCUAUAUAUUUUUUCCUUUUUAGAUUGUAUAGAGAAUGGACAGCAUAAAGGAUGGAUGGUUCACUGAAACGUGCACACUAUGGCCUGGACAAGCAAUGAGUCUUCAGGUCGAAGAGGUUCUGUAUCAUAAAAAAUCAAAAUUUCAGGAUGUCAUGGUUUUUAAAAGCAAAACGUACGGGAAUGUCCUGAUUUUGGAUGGGGUUAUCCAGUGCACAGAGCGAGAUGAGUUUUCAUACCAAGAGAUGAUCGCCAACCUACCCUUGUGCUGUCACCCUUGCCCCAAAAAGGUCCUGAUCAUUGGUGGAGGGGAUGGGGGUGUUUUGAGAGAGGCUGUGAAGCACCCUCUGGUGGAGUCUGUGGUCCAGUGUGAGAUUGAUGAGGAUGUAAUCACUGUCUCCAAGAAGUACCUCCCUGGAAUGGCAAAGGGCUUCUUCAGUCCCAAACUCACCCUGCAUGUGGGAGAUGGCUUUGAGUUCAUGAAACAGAACCAAGACGCCUUUGAUGUCAUCAUUACUGAUUCAUCUGACCCUGUUGGUCCAGCAGAAAGUCUGUUCAAGGAGUCUUACUACCAACUUAUGAAGACUGCUCUACGGGAAGGUGGAAUUCUCUGUUGCCAAGGAGAGUGUCAAUGGCUCCAUUUGGAGCUGAUUAAAGAGAUGCAGACCUUUUGCAAGUCUCUUUUCCCAGUAGUGGAUUACGCCUACUGCACCAUUCCCACCUACCCAAGUGGCCAAAUUGGCUUCAUGCUGUGCAGUAAAAACGCUCAAACAAAUUUCAGAGAGCCUGUACGAGAAAUGACAAGAGAGGAAGUGGAAAGCAUGGGCCUGAAAUAUUACAACCCUGAAAUCCACAAAGCUGCCUUCGUCCUCCCAGAGUUUGCCCGGAAGGUACUUUAUGAGUCGUAAAUCCGUGCACAAGGACGGCCACUUUCUCCCACUCAGCCCUCUGUGACCACAGAACCAAAUCCACACCACAAGCUGCAGUACCUCCACUCACCCCAGACGCUAUCCGAGUUCACCACUGACAAGGACCUGAGGUCAGGCCCAUGGAAAAGAAGAUCGCUGUGGUUAUGGCCUCUGCGGGGGGAACACUGUGCUUUCAGACAGUUGCAAAUCCUUCCAGUGCUUCCUUCCAGCCUUCCACAUCACUUUCCGUUUAGGCUAUUUUGGUUCGUAUUUUUUCUUCUCUGUUAACAUCCACACCCAACUGUUUUUGAUCAAAAUGAUAAUACUUUCAUAUUUGACCCCCAAAUAUUAUUUUUUAUUUUAAAAAUCGUAAUAUUACAACUCAACAUGGUAUAAUCAAUCUAAAUUUAGAAUUUGUCUUGAUAUUAUGACAAACAUGGCACAUUCAGCAAUUAUGAAGAUACUAGAACUUUCUUUUAUAUGGUAUUGUUUUCUCUUUUAACAUCAUUAAGUCAUUCAGGCUUAAUGGCGCCAUUAUUCAGACAUGGAUGGUACAACGACAGCGAUUCAUGUUAGAAAUACAGACUCAAAAACUGUUGGUCAACCAUAUUCAAAGAAAUGGAUUGCUGGCUCGCCAAUCAAGUCUUAAAUUUGUAGCCAAUGAUGGACAAGAUGUGCUACAUGUUUCAUGGAGAACUGAAUGUUAGUGUUUAUUUUAUAGUGUAGAAAAUAUGGCGUUGAUAAUAACAGCCUGACAGAGAGUUGAGGAAGGAAUUUUGCUGUUAAUGUGAUAACCGAACCAAAUGGUUAAAUUUAGUAUGGGGACUAAAGAUUGCUACAAACGUUACUGUUACUCUAUGUGGUGUAACUGGAUUUGAAUAAGGUACUAAAGAUAUGGCCUAACCAGGGGAACAAGCUGUGUAUAACUUUAUGCCUACUGACAUUGUGUGUGUGUGUGUGUGUGUGUGUGAGUGAGAGAGAGAGAGGAAAGAAAGAAAGAAUUGAAAUUCAUGGGUCACGACAAAACUAGUAAAUGCCUACUUUGUGAAGACUAGCGCAUACAUUGUUUCACAAGAGCUCACCACUACAGAGCAUUUCAUGAGUUCUCAUUGUGUGUGCGGUCACCAAUAUAAGCCUUGGUGGAGGGUCUUAAUGUCAAACGUGCAAAAAUGCAGCUGUCAAUUUGUCGUUUGAAUUGUUAAGGGAAAACUGAACCUGUGAAGUGUGCUUGCACCGCGAGGCUCACUCAAACACCUAGCAGGGUGUGCAAGGAAAUUCUUUAGUUAAUCAGUGCUGUUCGAAUAAAGCAACUGGAAUUGCCUCCCCUUUCACCACCCCUUCGGUAUCUGGUGUGUACAUACAUCACUCAUGUAUCUUUAUGAGCUGUGUUUUAUCUCUUAAUCACUCAUGUAUGAUUGCUAUGAUCAAGUUUAUAAUGUGGAGUCCUGGGAAGAUUUUCAAAUAAAAGGCAGUAAAAUGGA